AGUUCUUUUUCAGGUGCCUCCACGCCACGGACAGGUCUACCCCAUGCCCUGCAACUUGCCCGGCAGCUGGGAGCUGCCUAUGGAGCCCUUUGCAGACGUCGUGGAGCUCACGGAGGACCAGGGGAACCCGACGCCCACCACCACGUGCCUCCAUAUUGAUACAUCUCCGCCCACCCGCAGUGCCACCACUUUGGAACCUGGCGCAGUGAUGACCAGCUCAGAUGUGCCGGAUGACGUCACGGACAUUCAGGGGCUGCUUUCUUGGGCCAACGAUGUGGCCAGUGCUGCUGAGGUCUCCCACGAGAACCCCAGCAGCCCAGGCUCCCCUCCCUUCAUCGCUGAGCUCCCUGACAACCCCAGGGAAAGCAAAGAGCUCAGCACGGAGCCACAGGCUGCCACUGGGAUCCCCACCGACCCCUUCUGGGGACUUCCACCAUCCCCUGGGCUCCUGCCUGAGAUGCAGCGUGGGUUGUCGCUGCUGCCCCCCCGUCGUGCCACCAGCAAGUCGCCACCCAUUGAGGAGGUGCAGCAAAGGCAGCCCCCGGUGGUUCAGAUCCGCUCGCCACUGUCACCGGGCUCUGUCCCCUGCCGGGUGGCGGACAAGAAGCACAGGGACAGCACCAAGCAGGCCAAGCGCCCUGCGCCUGCCGGCAUCCCCAAGAAACAGGACACCUCCAGGCAAGAGCAGUCCAUCAGCAGUGCCCCAGCCAAGAAGGGGAAGCUGCCGCCACGCAAGGAGAGAAAAGGCCGCAACACCCACACCAAGUGA